AUGCUGAGCAGGUUGAUGAGCGGCAGCAGCAGGAGCCUGGAGCGCGAGUAUAGCUGCACCGUGCGGCUGCUAGACGACAGCGAGUACACCUGCACCAUCCAGAGAGAUGCCAAAGGCCAGUACCUGUUUGACCUUCUUUGCCACCACCUAAACCUACUUGAAAAAGACUAUUUUGGGAUCCGCUUUGUGGACCCAGAUAAGCAGCGGCAUUGGUUGGAGUUUACAAAAUCUGUGGUGAAGCAAUUGAGAUCCCAGCCUCCAUUCACCAUGUGCUUCCGUGUGAAGUUUUACCCCGCAGACCCUGCUGCCCUGAAAGAAGAAAUAACCAGGUAUUUAGUCUUCCUACAGAUCAAAAGGGAUCUGUACCAUGGCCGCCUCCUCUGUAAAACAUCAGAUGCUGCUUUGUUAGCAGCUUAUAUCCUUCAAGCGGAGAUUGGAGAUUAUGAUCCAGGGAAACACCCUGAAGGCUACAGCUCCAAGUUCCAAUUUUUCCCUAAACAUUCAGAGAAGCUGGAAAGGAAAAUUGCUGAGAUUCACAAGACAGAACUCAGUGGUCAAACACCAGCAACAUCAGAGCUGAACUUCUUAAGAAAAGCACAGACAUUGGAGACAUAUGGAGUGGAUCCUCACCCGUGUAAGGACGUGUCAGGAAAUGCUGCAUUUCUGGCCUUCACUCCUUUUGGGUUUGUUGUUCUGCAAGGAAACAAGAGGGUCCACUUCAUUAAAUGGAAUGAGGUGACCAAACUGAAAUUUGAAGGAAAGACUUUCUAUUUAUAUGUAAGUCAGAAAGAGGAAAAGAAAAUUAUUCUCACAUAUUUUGCUCCAACUCCAGAAGCCUGCAAGCACCUCUGGAAAUGUGGAAUUGAGAACCAAGCCUUCUACAAGCUGGAGAAGUCAAGCCAAGUCCGCACAGUGUCCAGCAGCAAUUUAUUCUUUAAAGGGAGCCGGUUCCGAUACAGUGGCCGAGUCGCAAAGGAAGUAAUGGAGUCAAGUGCCAAGAUCAAACGAGAGCCACCAGAAAUACACAGAGCAGGGAUGGUUCCCAGCCGGAGCUGUCCCUCCAUAACCCAUGGCCCAAGGCUGAGCAGUGUCCCCAGGACCCGCAGAAGAGCUGUUCACAUCUCCAUCAUGGAAGGCCUAGAGUCCCUGCGGGAUAGUGCCCAUUCCACACCGGUGCGUUCCUCUUCCCACGGGGACAGCUUUCUGCCUCAUGUGAGAAGCAGCAGGGCAGACAACAACGAACGAGUAGCUGUGAUUGCAGAUGAGGCCUACAGCCCUGCAGACAGCGUGCUGCCCACCCCCGUGGCUGAGCACAGCCUGGAGUUGAUGCUGCUUUCCCGGCAGAUCAACGGAGCCACCUGCAGCAUUGAGGAGGAGAAGGAGUCUGAGGCCAGCACCCCAACUGCUGCUGAGGUGGAGGCCCUUAGGGGAGAGCUGAGGGCGCUGUGUCAGGGGCACGGCGGGCCAGAGGAGGAACAGGUGAAUAAAUUUGUUUUAAGUGUCCUCCGUUUGCUCCUUGUGACCAUGGGACUCCUCUUUGUUUUGCUCCUCCUCCUGAUCAUCCUUACCGAGUCUGACCUUGACAUUGCCUUUUUCCGCGAUAUCCGCCAGACCCCUGAGUUUGAACAGUUCCACUAUCAAUACUUUUGUCCCCUCAGGCGAUGGUUUGCCUGCAAAAUCCGCUCAGUGGUGAGCCUGCUCAUUGACACCUGA